AUGGCAACUGUCUUCGUAUCUCCCUCGCCACGAACCUCCAUGACCAUGGCUACUCGCCGUCCACUCGCAAACGUCCCGAAUGCAACCAAUUCUCCACGCAGGGCCGAGCUAGUGCUUAAACGAGCUCGACCUACUAAAGUGGAGAUGCCAUACGGACAACCACCACCGAAAAGACAAGCGAUGGAGAAUAUGGAAUACGAACCUCGCUCUACCACCUGCCAGACCACGACCACGGACUCGAAACUCUUCGCGAGACGAUCGAACAAUGGCAAUCCUAGUGCAUUUGAGAAGAAGCUUGUCGCAGCUAGGGAGAAGGAACGUCAACCGGUGGUGAAGAAUGUCAGAGUUGAGAAGGCUCCGGCAGAUACCAUGGACUCCAUUCGCCAAUGGCAGCGGCACUAUCGGAAGGCGUUCCCCCAGUUUGUGUUUUACUUCGAUAGCAUCCCAGAGGAUGUCAGACGGCGAUUCUCUCGCCAAGUCAGUGCUCUUGGAGCUCGUGAGGAGAAGUUUUUCUCGCGUUUAGUGACCCACGUUGUGACUUCGCGUACUAUCCCUCCGGAAUCAGCCACCCCAACGGAGCCCGAAUCUACUGAAAACGCUACCAACGGCGAUGGUAACGUCCAAACUGUCAACCCUUCUCUUUUGGAGAGAAACGGCGAGACUCACCUGCAUGCUUCAUUGAAAACCGAAACGCGUCGUGACCAAGCCACUAUGGACAUUCUGCAAAGGGCUCGGCAGAUGGGCAUGAAAAUCUGGGCGCUGGAAAAGCUUCAGCGUAUGAUCACUACCAUCAAUGACAGUGACAUUGGUGCCCAAUAUGAACAAGCCGCUCGGAACAAGGCCGCCGGUGGUAACGCCGCUAACGGCAGGGGCGAAAAUGACCUUUCGAGGGUUCUGCGGCAAGAACUACUCAACGGACCGUCGGAUCGUGAUCCGUUGACCUCAAUGGAAAUGAUCAUUUUCAAAGGACCAUUCGUGUACAUUCAUGACAUGAACGAGAAGACCAAACCGGUGAUGGUUCGAGAAUACUCCCGAGUCGCUAGACGGCAGGAUGGGUCUUGGCCACAGUUCCGAAGCGCCCCCCUCGGAAAGUGUCCUUUCAUAGAUGAGCCCCCAAGUAGAAAGGAAUAUGACCGACACCGAUUGCGUCAACUCCACAAAGAGAAGAAGGCUGCUUCUCAAAAGGCUGAUGGAACUCGUGAUGCUAAGACAAAAGCAGCUGUGCCAGUUCAAGUCCCUGAAUCUGUGACUACAACAGAGAUCGCACACUCCCAGCCAUCGGUGAAACAAGAGGAGCGGGUUUCGCCUCCAAUCCAAAAUGACAUUCAGAGGCCAUCACUUGAAGAAACUCAUGAACGAAAGAGUUCUGAAAGCUUUAUUCCUCCUCACUUCCCUCGGACUGGACCCUUUUAUGCCGGUCAUGAGCCAGCUGCCUCAGGUGUUCAGCCGUCUAACAUGACAUCCGCAAUUCGCUCACAGAUGAUCUCAUCUACUGCAGCAGCACCUGGUGCGAAAGCCGGCCUUAGCAAGGAAGUUCAUGGGCUCAAGCGAAAGGUUCUUGAGAAGGGAACAGGCGGGUUCGCAGUAGGAUCGAUGGCUGCUCCUCAACGCCGCGGGGACGUGACUAUGACAGUUCCGACGAAGAACAACAUUAACCCUGCUGGAAAGUCCAACAUUCCCCACAAUGAGGAUGAACUAAAGCAAGCUGAGGUGGCUGGCUCAAAGCGACAAAGGGAUGACAAAGAUGAACAAAAGAAGCCCGAACGUCGCAGAGAUCCCAAACCCGGCUAUUGCGAGAACUGCAGGGACAAGUUUGAUGAUUUUGAAGAGCACACUCUGACUCGCAAACAUCGCCGAUUUGCCACGAACUCGACGAACUGGGCUGAGCUCGAUGCGUUGCUCGCCGAAAUUCAGCGUCCCCUCAAGGGCGACUAUGAAUAUGAUGAAUAG